AUGUCUGUUAAACUUCAGCGAAAAGCAAGUAUUGGCGGAAUACGUGGUCGGACAUCGGCCACAUCUGAGAUGACCCUCGAUGAUUACUAUCAUACAGUAGCAAAAACUAUUUUAUGCAAUCAAAAUCCGUUAACAGGUCUUUUUGCUGCUGGUAAAGAUACAGAUCAUGCUUGGGUGCGUGAUAAUGUCUAUGCUAUAAUGGCUGUUUGGGGUUUAUCAUUAUCGUAUAAGAAACAUUUGGAUCAAAUGGAAAAUUGGACAAAAUGUUAUGAACUAGAACAAAGCGUUGUUAAAACUAUGCGUGGUCUGCUGACGUGUAUGAUGAAACAAGUGAAAAAAGUUGAAAAAUUUAAAACAACAUUAAGUCGUGAUGAUGCUCUACAUGCGAAAUAUUCUUCUGUAACAGGUAAUACUGCUGUAGGCGAUAAUGAAUGGGGACAUCUACAAUUAGAUGCGACUUCAUUAUAUUUAUUAAUGCUCGGCGAAAUGACAUCAUCAGGCCUACAUAUUGUUUAUACUCUUGAUGAAGUUGAUUUUGUUCAGAAUCUCAUCUUUUACAUCGAACAAUCAUAUAUGAUUCCAGAUUAUGGUAUUUGGGAACGAGGUGAUAAAACUAAUCAUGGCUAUCCAGAACUGAAUUCAAGUUCAGUUGGUAUGGCUAAAGCAGCACUAGAAGCAUUGAAUGAAUUAGAUUUAUUUGGCAGUAAUGGUGGCCCACGAUCUAUUAUACAUGUCUCUGCAGAUUAUAUUUAUUGGUGUCAUUCAGUACUUAAAGCAAUGUUACCACGUGAAUCAUUUUCAAAAGAAACGGAUGCAUCAUUAUUGAGUAUAAUUAGUUAUCCAGCAUUUAGUAUUGGAGAUCUUGAUUUAGUAGCCGAAACAAAAACAGGUAUCAUAACAAAAUUACAAGGUCGAUAUGGUCUAGCGAGAUUUUUACGUGAUGGUCAUAAAACACCACUGGAGAAUGCAUCCAGAUUACAUUAUGAUCCACAUGAACUCAAACGGUUUGAAAAAAUUGAAUGUGAAUGGCCAUUAUUCUUUUGUUAUCUAAUUCUUGAUGGAUUAUUUCGUGAAGAUGAUGAACAGGUUUCAAACUAUUGUAGUCUACUCGAAAAAUGUAUUAUUAAAGAUCCUGAAGGUGUACAAAUUGUACCAGAAUUAUAUGCUGUACCACCAGAUCGCGUUGAAGUUGAAAAAAAUAAUCCACAUAGUACAGAUCGAAUACCAAUGGGCCGUAUACCUCAUAUGUGGGGUCAAUCUCUUUUUGUGUUGGCCAUGCUUGUUAAAGAUGGUUUCUUAGCACCUGGUGAACUUGAUCCAUUAAAUCGACGUCUUAUAACUGAACCUAAGCCAGAAGGUUUUGUUCAAGUUUGUUUGCUAACUGAUAGUGAAGUCAUUCAAAAAAACUUAGCAGCAGUUAACAUACAUAUUCAACAAAUAAAAGAUCUUGAUUUAAUACAAGUUCGAUCUGUACAAGUCUUACAAAAUAUUUAUUCACAUCUUGGUCGAAAUGAACGGCUCGGUCUCACUGGUAGACCAUCAUUUGAUAUGGGUCCGUUUUCAACAUCAAAACUUUAUACAAUAUGUGGACGAACACUAGUAUUUACACCAUCGUUUAUGGAUCAACAUACAUUUUAUUUAGCAUCCGAUAUCGAUUAUAUAAUAGAUCGUUUUCGAACUUACAUAGCGUUUUUAAAUCGAAAUUGGAAUAAUAUAACUGGAAGACCUGUUGUUGUAUUUGUUCUACGUUCAGAUAUAAUCGAUGUAGAUCCUAUGCCUAAAAAUGUUGUACAAACAUUAAAGAAAAUAAAAGCCGGUUAUACAAAUGGUGUACGAGUACACAUGGGAAAAUUAGAAGAUUUUAUUAAUACAUCAUGCGUAGCGAGUCUUGAUUUUGUUUUUCAUGAAGAUGACAAUGAAGAUGUUGAAGAAAAACUAAUGGAAUUAUUACAAUCAAGUUCAGAUUUUAAUCAAAUGUCAACCUUUUUGUCAUAUCAAAACGUUGACUAUCGUUAUCAAAAGCGAUAUCGAAUUAAAAAACUAGCACAAAUACGUGGAGCUGUUAAACGUAGUUAUAGUUAUAGUCAUCCUACAAAUGAUGGCGCAGUAGCGCAGAGUAUUCUUAAUCCAAAUAAUACUGACGAACAAGAUGAUCAAGCUGAUACAAAUGUUCUAAGUCAUAUUCGUACUGACAGCCAUACGUUAUCAACAUCAAAUAGAAGAGAUAGUUUAUUAAGAGAUAAAGAAGUACAUGACAUUAUUGCUCUACUUCCACAUGCUGCAUCUAUACAUGAUCAAGCUGACAUUUUACAUUAUCUAUGUAUGAACAAGGGAAUUGAUUUCGAAUUCGAACAUAAUGGACAUCAUGUAACAGUUCGUGAUCUUAUUCAAGAACUUUAUACUAGCGCAUGUAAACAACGUGUUUGGUGGUGUGUACGUCAUUCUGCUGGUAUGUUAGGAAUGCAAAAUCAAAGUAUUGCUCAAAGUUUAAUUGCUAUACUUGCACAACAAAAACAAUUAACAAUUGGUUUACCACCAGCACCACGUGAACACGUUUUAACAAGUCCGAUGACAGUUGAACAAUUGUAUGCUACCAUAGUAACAGCAACUGGAGAUGAUCCAACAAUGGUUAUGUUAACACAAGAAAUACUCGUGUUUCUACAUACAUUUAUCAGUACUGAACCUCAAUUAUUCACCGGUAUGAUACGUAUACGUGUAGGUCUUAUUGUGCAGGUAAUGCUUGGUGAAUUAAAACGCACAUUACAAUCGACUGAUGAAGAUACAACAGAUCAUUUAUUAAAUUUAAGUCCAUAUGAAAUAAAAUGUUUAUUGCAUAUUAUUUUAAGUGGUAAAGAAUUCGGUAUAACUGAAUAUUCAACAAAACCAAUACCAGAAUUAGCAGAUUUAUCUAAACAGGAACGUGAUAUGCGCAUUAUACGUAAUGAAAUUAAAGAUGCGAGCACAAGAAAAUUAAGUGUUCAUUUGAAUUGGGCCGAUCAUCUGCCGGAAGAAGAUGAUGAUGAUAUUGGUAAACAUGGUCAGUGGAUUCGACGACGACGUCUUGAUGGUGCUUUGAAUCGUGUACCAGUUAAAUUCUAUGGACAAGUUUGGCAAACACUUGAAAAGUGUAAAGGUAUUAAAAUAGCUGAUUAUAUUCUAUAUAACAGUCUAACACAAGAAAUGACUCAAGAAGAAAUUAAAUUUGCUCUACGCGUUGAAGAAGCACUUAACCGUGUCCCGUUCACUGAAUAUCGACAAUUGAUUGUUGAAGCCUGUGUUAUAUUGACAUCCAUAGCACUUGGUGAUGCUCGAUUCCAUUGGGAUGACAUCAUCAGUAUUGAAGAUAUUGUCUCUACAGCAAAUGGAAUAUUUUUACAAGAUCAAGUAGCAUCAGGUGGUGAUGCAACGAAAUGUUGUGCUAGUGGAAAUCCAUGUGGAUCCGCAGCUAGCAUAUGCUUACAUUUCUAUGAUUCCGCGCCGAGUGGACGAUUUGGAACAAUAAAUUACUUUUUGCGUGCACUUCUGAGAAUUUUACAUGUUGAUGAAACUACCGUAUGUGCGAUUAGUUAA